AUGAAACAAGAAUUGGCUGGUAAAAUGCUAGUGGCGCUGAUUGCGCUGUUAAGUUAUCCGGCUAUGUUUAGUGGAAAAGAUAUCAAGAUUGUUGAUAGCCUCAAGGGGGUUGCAAAUUCUGAACUACAUCUUUACGAACGCAAAGGACCAAAUUGGACAUGUUUAGAUGGUUCGGUCACCAUACCUUAUGAAGCUAUCAACGAUGAUUAUUGCGAUUGCGCAGAUGGAUCUGACGAGCCAGGUACGUCGGCGUGUCCGAACGGUCGUUUUCAUUGUAGAAACGAGGGACAUAUACCGGCAUCCAUAUCUUCUAGUCGGGUGAAUGAUGGUGUCUGUGAUCCUGAGUGUUGUGAUGGAUCGGAUGAAUAUGAUGGUAAAAUAGAAUGUCCAAAUGUGUGCGAAGAGGUUGGAAAAGAAUAUCGCAAGAAAGUUAAAGAGUUGAAUGCUUUAAGAGAGCAAGGUGCAAAGAAGAAACUAGAAUACAUUGAUUAUGGGAAAAAAUUAAAGGAGGAACGAAAAAAUAGCUUGGAAAUUUUAAAGGGAGAACUCGCUGCCGUUAAACUUAAAGUCGAAGAGAAAGAAGCCGCCCUGAAAAAGAUCAAACAAUCAGAGGCCUCUUCGGACUCUCCAAAGAAUAAAGAACAUGCCGAAAGAAUAAAGAAAUACCAAGAGAGGAUUAAACGUCUAAAAGACCACGCCGAUGCACUUCAUGAGGACGUGGAGACAUUAUUGAAGAUCCUCAAAGAUAUGAAGGAUGGUCACAAUCCAAAUUAUCAUGAUAUGGCGGUGAAAUCGGCAAUUACUGCUUACGACGAAUUUCUUGAGGAAUAUAAUAGAGAAUCGGAUGACGACGUGGACGAUGCACUUGAAAACGACAAAGAUGAAGAGUAUACAAGCAGAAUGGAUGAAUAUGAGGUGCCUCAAAUUCUGGACCCCGAACCUUCAUUAUGGGGUCAAUAUAUUGAGUUGUUGCGAAUAUCUGCCAAUGAGGUUCUAGAAUUUUUGGGGUUGAAGAAAUAUUCAAUAAGUCAAAGUUCACACUAUCGCUCGUCUGUACGGGUUGAACCCGGAACCUCCAAAGAGCUUAAAUCCGCUACUGAAGCACGAAAUAAAGCUGAGGAAGAAAGAAAAACUCUAGAAAAAAAAAUUGAAGAUCUUAACAAUAAGCUGUCCAAUGAUUAUGGACUACAAGAAGAAUUUUCAAAAUUGGACGGCGAAUGUUUCGAAUACGACUCUGGAGACUCAAAGGAAGAUCCAAAUUAUUACACAAAGCAAAUUUAUGAUCAUGGAGCUAGAUGCUGGAAUGGUCCCGAGAGAUCUGUGAAGCUGUUUCUUGAGUGUGGAGCGGAAAACAAAAUUUUGUCUGUUUCGGAGCCAGAAAAAUGUGAAUAUCACGUAAGAAUGAAGACGCCCGCCACUUGUCCCGACAAUGUUCGUGAGAAGAUACAUGAUGAAUUGUAG